AAUGGUGUUAAUGGUGGAAAAUAUUGGAUUCUGAUCGUGCUCGAAUUCAGUUUAGAAAAAAUUUUAUUUUGAUUUAAAAAUUGUUUCGGUUUUCAAUAAAUAAAGAUGGCUAUGUCCAAAGGAACUUCGCAUUAUAACCGGCAGGUUUGGGAAGAUGAAUCUUUCCCGAUUUUGUGUCAAACUUGUCUAGGUGAUAAUCCAUUUCUAAGAGUCAUGAAAGAAAAAUAUGGAGCCGAAUGCAAAGUGUGUAAUAGACCAUUCACAACAUUUCGAUGGUGUCCAGGAUCAAAAAUGCGAUAUAAAAAAACUGAAAUUUGUACCAUAUGCGCUCGGGCAAAAAAUAUCUGUCAAACUUGUUUAUUAGAUUUACAAUAUGGCCUACCAGUACAAGUUCGUGAUGAAGUACUUGGGACAAAGUUAGAGCUACCGAAAUCUGAAAUAAAUCGUGAAUACUAUUCACAGAUGCUCGAUCGUGCGGUACAAAAUUCUGAUGCAACCGAAGCAUUUGGGGCCCUUAAAGAUGCGCCUACGUCAGAUGUUCUUAAUAAAUUGGCUAGAAAUUCGCCUUAUUACAAAAGAAAUGCUCCACACAUUUGCAGUUUUUGGGUUAAAGGUGAAUGCAAAAGAGGUGAAGAAUGUCCGUAUCGUCAUGAAAAACCAUCCGAUCCAAGUGAUCCUCUUUCCGACCAGAAUAUCAAAGAUCGUUAUUUUGGUGUAAACGAUCCUGUAGCCGAAAAAUUAUUGAAACGUGCCGCCGAAAUGCCAAAGCCUAUACCACCUGAAGAUAAGUCCAUAACUACCUUAUAUAUCGGUAACGUUAACGAACAAAUUGAAGAAAGUGAUUUACGUGAUUAUUUCUAUCAAUUUGGAGAGAUACGUUCAAUCAACAUAGUACGGAAGUCAAAUUGUGCAUUUGUACAGUUCACGACUAGACAAGCGGCUGAAGAGGCUGUCAAGAAAGCAUUCCAACGUCUAAGCAUAAAAGGUACUAAAUUAACAAUAAGAUGGGGCAAAUCGCAAGGCAAACGUAAAACCGAUGAAGAUGAAGAUGAACGAAACAAACCAGGUCCCAGUAGUAAGCAGCACAAAGUUGCUUCAGUACCUGGGUUGCCUGCUGGUACACCAGAUUAUUUUGGAUUAGUUCCAGCUUUAAAUCCACCUAGCAUAGGUUCUUCAUCUUCAUCUAGCGUCUAUUAUCCAUCACAGGAUCCAUCCAGAAUGGGUUCAAUUUCAAUGAAAAAAUCAUAUAAAGAUCAUUGAUUGUAUUUCAUAAUCACCGCUUCAUUUUUGCAUCAUAAAGAUAACUAAAUUAAAAACAUCGAAUACCAUUUUUAAAAAAUAAAGUUUUAUUAUGUUUA